AUGAGUGCUGUGGAGCACGAAGUUGACAGAAUGCACUGUACAAAGGAGGAUCGAUUUAGUCCGUCCACACGUAAAGUCGCCGUUGACCGUCGUCGUGGUCCACCGAUCUCAGUGCGGUAGGCUUGCAAAUGGCCGAAAAAGUCAGUGAAACUGCAACUGUAAAUGAGACAGGUUGAGAGAAAGCCCGUAUUGCUUGUGGUAGUAACAAUGACGGUAGUGGGUCAGUCGAGGAGGAGGAGGAGGAGGAGGAGGAGGAGGAGGAGGAGGAGGAGGAGGAACAUACGCCCCGGUCGGUGGCGUAG